UGAUAAUUUAUUUGUUGUGAAUAUAGAAUUAGCAACAAAACAGUAAAAGAGAAAAAUGUGCCAUAGCAAAUGUGAAAAAAAUGUUAAUUUUCUCCCAGACAAAUGCCUGCAACAGAAAAGAAAACAAUAAGAUUUCUUUAUUGUCGUUUUGGCUUUCGUUUCGCAUUGUUGUGGUUAAAGUGUAGCUGCCAAUCAAAAGGGCAAAACGUGCCAAACUGGGAACAGCAAAAAAUUACAUAAACAAAAUUGCAACCAAAAUAAACAAAUUCCCAACAACCCGGAAAGAAUAUAGAUAACAAAGUGAACAUAAAGUUUUUUCUCUUGUUUAUAAAAAAAAAAAGAAAAUAACAAAUACAUUUGCGAUGCACCUGAACUUGAAAAUUUUGUAGCGUUGUGUGCAGUGCGAUUCGAAGCAAUUGUGCGAAAUGCUGCAAUGAAGGUUAAAUUUAUAAAAAAGCAAAAUAAAUAUACGUAUUAUUGUCUUAAUUGAUAGAAUAGCCACACGCAAUAAAUUAACGAAUCUGUAAGUGAUACAUUAAAAUUGCGCUACGUCAAAAAAAAGAAUCAUAUAAUUAUAAUAAAAAGAAAUACUUCAACGCCCACAUAAAAUAGCAGCUAAUGAGCUCUGCCACAACGUAAAGAAAUUCUAUGCAAGCAUUUCAAUCAUAAAAUCUGUGUUGGCUAACAUUGAAAUCGCAAUCACAAAGUGCCUCGCGGCAGGAAAGUAAUUAUGCUGUGCUUGUGGUCGGCACUUACUGCCCGCGCACUUCUGUGAUGCUAACUAAGCUUUUCCAUGGCAACCACGUGCGUGUGCGGUGACUCAGUUUGGGGGUGUUUCGCGUGCUUUCGCCUACUUUACAAUUUCUUCACAUUUUUUACUCCUGCGAAAGAUUUUUAUGGCAUUUGUUUAAACAAAAUUAAUUUGUUGGGAUUUGUCGGAAGCUGUAUAAUUCUUCACUUUGGAUACAGAAAUCGCAAGGAUGAAAGUCGCUAAAUAUUCUUCACUGGUUUUGAUUGGAUUGUAUAUAAACUAAAAGUGAUAAAUCUUAAGAAAAUUUAAAAAAACAAUUAAAAAGAGAACCUUGCGCAAGAUAUUUUUUAUUUAACAAUUGUCACGAGAUUUACACUGGCAUUGUUGUUAAAGGGAAAAUGUGCAUAUCACAUAUAGAUUACGUCAGUAAUACAUUCAAAACCUCAUUAGAAACGGUACAAGAGUACAACGUCAUUUACCCAUAAAAGCUUAGUGAAAACACAAAAGAGUCGCUAUCUUUGGCAGCAGAACUAACGACAAAGGCAUGCAAGCAAUUUGGCGGUAUUUAUUGCAAUUGCCAGUUCAUUUUUGUAUCCCAAAAGCAAGAGUACCACACGUGGACCGCUGAAAACCUAAAGAACCACGAUCGUCCACUUAGCACAUAAAAAAUCAAAGUAAAUGAAGAGACGAAAAAUUUGAAGGAAAAAGCUUUGUUGAGAAACAAAGUGUUUUGUUGAUGUACAAACGACUGAAAAAGUAUUUCGUAAAUAUGCAAAUAACAAAACUUAAGCACAAAUAAUAUAUAUACAUAUACAAAUACGUGUUACUUGAAUAACAGAAAUAAUUUAAAAGAUGAAAAUGAAAAUAUGAAGAAACUCAGCACGAAUCUCAAUACUUUGCUUCAGCACAAAGAAUGAUAUAUGAAAGACGAUAUAUUUCUUAGCUUUCAGUGCUAAAAGGCAGCAAUGCUAUAAUCAAGUCUUAAAUUAAUUUUUGUGUAAACAAAAUAAGAAAAGGUAGUAUGUUAUGUACCAGACACAAUAUAAAAAUUUACACUAGCAACUAUAAACAAAUUAAGUAAACAUUUGAUUAACUCGAAUUACAAAGAAGAAUAAACACAUUCAAGAAACCAGAAUAAUCAAUAAAGUAAUUAGAGUAUAGUAUCAAGCAUUUAGAUUGAAUCUAUACAUAUCAGUAGCUCAGUAGCGUGUACAUUAAUAAUGGAACGUGGCAGCAGUGAAGAACGUAUAGCGAGUGCUAAUUCCAGCCCUCGUUUAUCGCAUAAAUCGACGACACUCUUUGGAUUGCUUAGUAAACGUUCUACGAAAGUAGAGCCACAUCCGCAUGAUAGCAUACCGACUGCUCAACUGCAAUCUAAUCAUUUGCGUCCAAAUUCUGUGUGCAGCAAUCAUAGCUCGUCUCAAACGCAAGAAAUCACAUUCGCCAAAUGUUCAACAAACAAAUUAGAAAUCUCACCGAAUAAUCUCAAUGAAAAUAAAAAUCGAAAUCUGCCAGUCGCACUCAUCGAAAAUAAUCAUGUCUCGCACAAAGUAAAAACUGGCAAGAGUAAGAAUCAAAUAGAAAGACAAUGUACUGAUGGAUCACAGAGUGAUGGUGGUGGUGAGGUGGUGCGUAGAAAACAUAUGAAAAAUCGCUCUCCCAUACAUAAUCGUUUCAGUCAUCAGUUUAGUCUUUGCUGCAGGGCUGAGAAAAAACCGAUGACACCACCUGUAACAGUGCGUUAUAAUUCCAUACCAGAUGCCGCAGUGAAUGCAGUACGUCGUGAUACACUAUCACUCACUUGGAGUAUGGCAGAUAAUGCUUCACUCUCUCUACACUCUUCUACAGAAAAUUCUUCAGCACCUAAUACGCAUCAUCAACAUCAAGUAAAUAAUGAGUGUGUCAGUGCACCCGAAUCACCAGUCACAAAUAAGGUGAUGUUUGCACAAUUAAGCUCACAAAAUUCAUUCUCUAAUCCUUCGGUUAAGAGUACACAAAGUGAUGUGCCAACUAGUACAAAUAAUAAUAAUUGUGGUCCUAUUAGACCCAUUGCUGUAUCAGCUUGUCGUUCACGCUUACGCUUGAAAUUAUAUCCGCCUGGUAUGGAAAUAUCAAACACUGAGAUACAAAAUAAAGAACAUACAUCUAUGAAAAAAGCUACCACUCCACAGCAUAUGUCUUCACCAAAUAUUGCUACACAACCAGAAAUAAUUGAAAACUUCAAUGAGAUGGAACAACAAUCUCUAAGAUUUAUGUCACAAGAGAAUAUACUAAUAAAGCGUCAGUCUUCCAGCUCUGGUUUGGCAAAACAAGCUUUAAUGGCUGCUCAAGUCUUAAGUCUUAUUCCCACAGAAAAGGCACGCGAGAGGAGCUUCUUUGAUGGCCAUUUGGGCUCUUCAUCUCUUCUGGGACCAAGUGAAUUGAGUCGUGUAUUACCUAACAAAGAAGUAACUAUAUUUGUUGGCACUUGGAAUAUGAAUGGACAAAGUCCACCCAAACAAAUGAACGAUUUUGUGUUACCUCUCACUGUGGAGCAUAUGCCCGAUAUUGUAGCUAUUGGCACACAAGAAUCUUUUUCGGAUCGCUUUGAAUGGGAAGUUACAUUGCAAGAAACAUUAGGACCUUCACAUGUGCUUUUUCACUCCACAACUCUCGGCACACUGCAUUUGGCUAUAUAUAUGCGUCGUGAUUUGAUAUGGUAUUGUUCUGCACCAGAAGAUGCUAGCAUGUCAGUGCGUACGGGUUCAGCAUUUCGCACUAAAGGUGCUGUUGCUAUAUCUUUCUGCUUAUUUGGCACCUCAAUGCUGUUCGUCACAUCCCAUUUAACUGCUCAUCAACAGAAAGUGAAGGAACGCGUAUCAGAUGUGAAGCGUAUUAUACACGCAUUGGAUUUGCCUAGAAAUUUGAAUUUACGACAUAAAAACAAAGACGUUACACAAAAUUUUGAUAAUGUCUUCUGGUGUGGUGAUUUAAAUUUUCGUCUAGGUGAACCACGUGAAAAGCUAUUGGAAUGGAUACAGAAUACAAAAUUUCCGUUACCUUCACAUUUGCCACAUGGUUGUAUGCACACAGAUCAAUUAACAUCAGUAUUAUCUGACGGUGCAGCGUUUCGAGGUUUUCUCGAGGCUAAUAUAACAUUUCCUCCAACUUAUAAAUAUGAUCCUGGUACGCAACACUUUGAUACAUCGUCCAAACAACGUGCGCCCGCAUAUACGGAUCGAAUACUCUACAAAUAUCGUCAAACACAAGGUUUAGUUUUGCGUCGACAGAGUGUAUUGCCAGGUUUCUCAACACCACCAUUACCCUAUGUACAAUGUUUAUUAUACGAUUCGGUGCCAUCGAUUACCACUUCGGAUCACAAACCAGUUGUGGCACUUUUUAGAACAUUGAUACGUGCUGGCUCAGAUACCAUUCCAUUGGCUGCUGGACUUUUUAAUCGUGAUAUUUAUUUGGAGGGCAUGAAGCGACGUCUGCAUAAUCAGUAUUCUGGUGCAUCAGCAGUUUGUGUGCUGCAAUAGAAAUAGUUUAGCGGAAAAAGAUUAAUGCGAGAUAAAGCGCAUAAAUAUAAAUAUUAGGUGUCUUUUUAAGUUAAAGUCAAUGCUUUAGAAUAAGGCAAAAUUUAGCAUUAUUUAUUUUGUUGGAAAUAUGUUAGAUUAUUUAUUUUAAGACUAAAUAAGAUUUUCUGAAAAAUGCUGCAUGCUGUGUUAUUAACUAUGUUCUUAAAGAUGAUAUAAAUAUAACAAUAAUUAAUGAUUAGAAUUGUAUAAUUAUGUUUAGCUAACAGCAGCGUAGCUCUUCAAGUUGAUUUUUCUGUAUAGAAAAAUAUUAACACAUGUUUUAUUAGAAACAAUUGUACUUUAGAGCUUAAUUACUUUCAGAUAAUAUUUUCCAACUAUCCUUAGUUUUGCUAAAAUCUUUAAAUGUGAUUAAUGUCAUAUAAACUAGUCAUAGAUACAUAUAAAAUUAAGUAUGCGUAAUCCAUAAAUAAUGCUCGUGAACUUGCCUCUUCUGUAUUAAGCUCUUACUACAAAACCAAAUCCUAUUCUAGUCCAUUUUAUAUUUAACUAUGAAUUUUAUACAACUGUAGAUUUAAUGAAUAUUAAUAUUGAAGUACUCAUUUAUUGUUUGUUAAAUUUUAAUAUUUAUUAUGCAAAGGACUUAUGUGCUUUAUACAAUUGGCCUUAGAAACAAAAGUACCUUGUUAGUAAUACUUUAAAAAACAAAACUAAUUUUUUAGUUUAAAAGAAGCUCAAAUAAUUUUCACAUUGUUAAGUG